AUGGCUGAACAGCGCACAAGUGUGCUGUUCCUCGCGAACAGCGAGCACGGCCAAACAAAUAUCAUUCUAGCUAUCACGCAUGAGCUGCUUGUGCGAGGCGACAUUGACGUGCACAUAGGUUCUUUCCCUGUCCUUGAGCGGCGAAUUGAAAAGCUUUUGGUCGACAAUUCCUCCUCGUAUGAUGGCUCUUUCCGGUCACGUAUUCACUUCCAUCCCAUUCGUGGACCCUCUAAUACAGAUGUCUUUAUCCGUACGGGCAAACGAGGUGCUUUCCAUCCUCCUGGGUAUCAUGGCGCCGUCCUCGGUUUCCAGUCUCUGUGUGAGGAUAUCUGGGGUUGGACGGAAGAGGAGUACGUCGACAUUUAUAAUUGCUGCGUAGAUAUCGUGAAAACCGUUCAACCGUCGGUGAUCGCAGCCGACUUCUUCUUCUUGCAGGGGAGAGAUGCCGCGUACAAUACCGGAUAUACGGCGAUUCUGAUCAACACCACGUCUCUCUCUCAUAUCGUCCUAGGGUUACAGCCACAAUCCGCUGCCUUGUGGAAAUACCCGCUACCCGGGACGGGAUUUCCAUAUCCUCUGCCAUUGCAUUUAAUCCCACUAAAUGCCCUCUCGGUGAUUAAAACGGCCAAAAUGUACCACGGAAGCGGCCGGCGUCGAGAGAUUCGCGACUGGAGAAUCCGGCACAAGAUCCACGGCCGGUUUCCAUUUGCCGAUUCCUGGCGACCCGAUCGGUUCCAUCUCUCCCCUGCUCUGAAGGAGCUCGAUUGGCCUAUGGAUGUGCCAGACAACAUCCUUCCAUGUGGGCCAAUUUUACUGCCCACAGCUUCGGUUCUAAAGCAAGAUCCCGAAUUGGCAAGUUGGUUGGAAAACGCGCCGACCAUCUUGGUCAACCUUGGAACUCUUUACGCGCCUGAUCCUAAUGUUGCAGAGAAUCUUGCACUCGGACUAAAGUUGUUCCUCAAUGCUUGGAAGGGCGAGAAGGUCCAGGUUCUGUGGAAGCUCCCCAAGCAUCCGCAUGAUGAGGAUGAUGUCUACAGUCAGUCCAUUGAGCCGCUCAGACAGGAAACAACAGAUGAUCGCGUUCGUAUUCACCCGUGGUUCACCGUCGAACCCAUGGCCAUGCUCCAGACAGGACGGAUUGUCUGCUCCGUUCAUCAUGGUGGAGCAAACUCGUGGUACGAGGCUAUUCAGAACGGCGUCCCCCAUGUGGUUCUCCCUGCGUGGCAGGAUUGUUAUGAGAACGCUGCUCGAGCCGAGUGGCUUGGAAUUGGGGUGUAUGGCAACAAAAGUCGAGCACCCAGCAUUGACGCCCGCGAGUUAAGCAAAGCACUCUUGCAGGUUAUGAGUAAUCGGUCGUAUAAAGAAAAGGCGCUCAAGUUCGCCAAGCUAUGCCAGAAGAAAGAAGGGCGCGUGGCGGGCGCAGAAAAGAUCGUUGAACUGGCGCGCAAUCCAGGAUUGAUGGACAUGCAUAUUCCGGAUGUGAAGAUCGAUGACCAGCAGUGUCAGCUCAGCGAAACCCGGAAUAAGUCAGGAAUGGUUCUUGAGUCCCUCCGGCUGCCUCAGCCACAAGGUAAAUCAACGGCGAGGCCCUUUCUCAUUGAGCUCGCCGAGGCAGCGCUUAUGACAGCUCUCUGCAACUCCUGGGUGAUUCUACCCUUACUCGGAUAUUCACUCCUUCUGGUUCCCCGUUUGCGAUUCUUAGUUGUACUCUACCUCAUCUAUAUCAAGUAUUUUGCUAAAGCACACAAAACUGGCACUCUGUUUCUACGGAAUAAUGAGUUCCGGACGUGCUGGAUCUGGAAGGCCUUUACCUCCUACUUCCCCCUGCGACUCUAUCGUUCUGCGCCUCUCUCACCCCACAAGAAGUAUAUCUUCGGCUACCAUCCCCAUGGUGUCGCUAUUCGAGGCGCUGUGGGCGCAUUCGCGGCAGACACGGCUGGAUUCUCACAGCUCUUUCCAGGGAUUACCAAUACCCUGUUAAUGAAGGACGGUGUAUUCUACCAGCCACUUCUUCGAGAGUACCUCCUCUCCCUAGGGCUGAGUGGCGUCUCUCGGAGUUCAUGCAUCAGGCAUCUGACUCGCGGCGGUCACGACGGUCGGGGAAUGGGCCGUGCCAUCACUAUCACGGUGGGAGGAAGUCGUGAAUACAACAUCGCCCGACCGGGGACGAUGGAAGUCGUGAUCAAAAUCCGCAAGGGUUUCGUCCGGGUGGCAGUGGAAACUGGCGCCGACAUCGUGCCCGUGGUCGCUUUCGGGGAGAAUGAGAUCUUCGACCGCGUGGACGUUCAAUCCAACACUUGGCUCCGUUUCCCAGCCCAGCUUUGGGAGUGGGCCGUUGGUCAUAAAGUGGCAUUUUCUGUUGGUCGGUUCAACAUCUUCUGUCCAUACCGUAAGCCGUUGAAUGUGGUAGUAGGGAACCCCAUCCCCGUCACACAGCAACGAUGGGAUCCGGAUCAGAAAUAUAUCGAUCAAUUGCACCAGCAGUACAUGAGGGAGUUGGAGAAGCUUUGGGAAGAUUGGAAGGAUACCUUUAGAACGGACAAGUCGGUGAAGUUUGAGAUAGUGGAAUAA